AUGACAACCACAUCAACUUUUCCUUUUUCCACCAUGGAAGCUCCCUUGGUGGAGGAUUCUAUGGAGAUGGCGUCUCCGUACCCCGGUCAUGCUGACGAUUUCGAGAUUGAUAUUGAUGUUAUGGAGGAUCAGGCUUCCAACCCAGACAAGGACAUGACAGCAGCGGAUGAAUACAUGGACAACUCUCACAGCGGAAAUUACAAUCAUGAUGAUUCUCCUGAUGAGGAUAUGGUUGAUGAUACGGCCGAGCCAUCGAUGAUAGAUGCCGAUGAAUAUCGCGAAACGAAUCAAAAUCUUGAGAUGCAGGAUGAAGAAGGAAAGCCAUAUGAAGCAGAAAUGCUAGAGGACGAAUAUGACGAGGAUAUCGAUGCGCCUGUUCCGGAACAUGAACAAGAGGUACCGACUUUGCUUGGACAUUCAGAGAACCAGCAGUCGACGGCGGCGGACACUUUGACAAACGACAAGGUUGUCGAUGAGGAUGGCGCCAACGAGCCUUCGUUUGAAACAGAAGUGAAGCAUCUAAGUGAAAUUCAGACCGGCGAACAGCAUUACCAAGAGCACGCGGUCGAUGAUACUAAAGAGCAACAACAAGCCGACGAGCCGGAGCCGGAAACCACCCGGUCAGAAGUUGGAUAUACAGAGGAACUUGCCACUCACCACAUUCAGGGGGAACAAGGGGAGGUAGAGACGACGUGUGACGGCCCUCGUCCAGAUGGUUUCGAGAAACCGUUAAACGCCGAAAAGGAGAAAGAUGAUUCAGAGCCGGCUCAAACAACCUUUGAUGACCCGAAUGUGCAUUCAGAUGGAGAGCAACAACUCUCUGAACAAACGUACAAAGAAGCCGAACAAGAGCACGAGUCGUCGGAGUAUCCACCUCUACAUCCAGUCAAAGUCUACUACCAGGAAAACGAGAUGUCGCUGUUCCCACCCAGAGAAGGAGACUCCACCGAGACGUUCUUCCUUGAAAACGAGGGUCUCGCAUACGGAUCCUUUGAAAAGUUGUUUGAGUCCUGUCGUGAAGUACUGCAAGACCACAUCCAUGAAAAUGAGGUGUUGGUUGUGGAUAUUGAUCCUUUGAACAUGCAAAUAAGCGAGGAUUCUCGUGAAACGGAUAAGAUUACAUUGAAACAGAUUGUAGACGUGUAUCUGCACCUAUGCCACAACGAUGGCGUCGAGGGAUCGGAAGCCCUGUAUCUUACACUUGGCACGAAACUAACCAUCACCGCGGAAUUAUCAGACCUUUUCCUAGCUUCAAGCGAAGGAAAGGGACUGUCUGAAAUUCAACCUUGGGAAACCUACCCCGAUGAAGCGGAUGGUGACUCUGCGGAACUGAACGAAACUGCCCAGGAGCCAUAUCCGCAAGAGCCCCAGGAUACCCUGGAUACCCCGGAUAAUGAAGCAGAUGAGGCCCACGAAACAAGGUCUACUCUCGGAAGCCAGGAUGUGUCUAACCCUGAAAAAACCGAGCCAGCAGCGGGGACCGCCGAGAAUGUGGAACACGAUGUUGUUGCCACCACAGUCCAUGAAGCGGAUACCGAGGGAAACGCCUCGGUCGACAAUGAUUCGUCUCGCGUCGGGUCCCAUGAUAUAGAGGAGCAGAAUACCGAGUCUACUGGCACAGUUGAGCCAUUACCUCCGACCGAUAUGCCGGAAGAGCAAUCAGGAGCAGGAGACGAGGCCACUGACCCUUAUUAUGGUGAGACCAAUGAAGAUGAGUAUUACUAUCACGACGAUGCAACUCAGCACGAGGAAGAAGUGCAGGUAGACGCUAUUGAAUUUCUUGAUAGCGAGGAACAAGUCGUUCGAGGUCAUACAGACAACUUCUCCGAGGAGCCUACGGAAGAAUACCAGGACCUGGAACGGAACUAUCACGAGUCCCAUAUAUCAGAGGAUAUCACUGGUGAUGAUGCUUUACGAGACAAUGAGGCUGUUUCUGUCGACAAACUGCAGACUCAAGACAGCAACAAGGAAACAGAAUCUAUCUUGAAAAUCUCACCAUCGACUUUAGAGCCUCAGGAAGCCCCGCCCCUGCUAGAUCACUCACUAGGUACGGCAGAAGACCUCUUGGAGAGCGCUGGCAACGACUCCAAGGCCGAUGUGGAGAUUGAUCAGACUGGAGACGCAGAUGAACCAGAGGGGCUUGGUGAAAAUGAUGAGCAUACACCCGGUUUACCUGCAGAUGAAAACGAGGCGGCCGAUUUGCCUUUUGACGAUGAAGACUAUCUGAACCUAGGCUUCGAAGAGGACCACGAUGAUUUUGAUGAGGAGAAUAUUACCGCAUCACCCAGCCACGUUUCUGUUAAACGUACCCGUGAGCCUGAGGACGAGCUUGAUUUGCCUGAAAGCCCAACGCCAGAAGCCAAGCGGUCUCGCUCUUCAUAA